AAAUAUCUGUGUCUCUCCUUGGAGAAUAAAACUUGGGCGCGCGUGCGAACCCUGUUUCUGUGAGUAGAAGAUUAUCCUAUUCCUUCCUUCCUUCCUUCCUGGCGUAGGGUUUGGGUUUGGGAUUGGUUUUUGGUGUUUGGUGUUGGUGUUGGUGUUGGUGGCAAAUCUCUCUUUCCCAAUCUAAUGUUCCCAUCAAAUAAUCUCGAAAUCAGUUCAGGAUAUCUCUGAAUCUCUCUCUGUGUAUAUUUUAUUAUUGUAUUAUUAAAGAAAGAGAGCGUGUUAGGGUUCGGCAUCCAAUCCAUCAGUAAAAAUUAUGAUUGAAAUCUCCUCCUCCUCCUCCCCCUCGUUGUGUUCAUUGGUCGUGAUGUUUCUCCAGAAUCUGCGUGCAUUCGGUCCCGGUCUCAAUCCCUUGGCAACAAUCUACUGUGUAGCCCAUCAUUCUCGCUAAUUCCUUUUUCUCUCUCUUUCCCCUUGUUGUCUGAACUGAUUUCCCUUCUUAGAAUCUUGUUCAAUAUCAAAUCUUGUUUGUUGGACUGGACUGGACUUGACUUUUGCUUGAUUAAGAAAGUAAUAAAAAAGUAUGCCUCCAGAGAAAGAGGAGGAGGAAGGGCAAGGGCAAGGGCAGGUCGUGUUGUUUCGUCGUCGGAGAAAGCGUUCAUUCAGGGACGACAGGGGCUGGACUUUGCUUCAUAUCGGUGCUCGGAAAGGCAAUCUAAAAGAGGUGAAGCGACUUCUCAACGAAGGAAUGGAUGUAAAUGUCAGCGCCUGGGGCAGCCCCAAAUCCAAAGGAGUCACCCCGCUCCAUCUCGCCGCCGAGGGCGGCCACCUCAACGUUAUGGACGAGCUUCUGGAGCGCGGCGCCAACAUUGACGCUCGAACCAAGUCAUCGUGUGGCUGUGGGUGGACUCCGCUGCACGCUGCCGCCAAAGAGAGGAGAAAGGAAGCUGUCAAAUUUCUCGUCCAGAACGGCGCCUUUUUACCCCCCGAUAUCAACGAUUGCAGAUUUAACCCUCCACUCCAUUACUGUCCUGGACUUGAGUGGGCUUAUGAGGAGAUGAAUCGUCUCCGACAUGAUUGACCCCUAAUCAAAACUAUCAAAUUUGCUUUGUUAGCCUCCUUCCUGCUUUUGUCUUUUCUUCCUUUUUUGUUUUUUAAAAAAAAAAAAAAAAGAAAUUUGCUGCUUUGUGUGGGUCUUUGCUGCUUCUGCUACAACUAUUAUUAUUAUAAUUAUUAUGGUAUUUGUAGUAGCGAUUCCAAUAAAAAUUCCUAAUCAUGUCUGUCUGUUUGAUUGUUGGUUCUGUCUCUAGUGGGUUUGCCGAUUGCUCUUGUUAUGUAUUAUCGAUAAAUGUUUAAAAAUAAAUCAAUCAAUAAAAGUUCCUACUUUGUUUUUGAA